AUGGAUGUCGCAUUCGAGUAUCGAUCGCACCCCCACUUCUUUAACCAACUUACACUUCCGGCAAUCGAAGAUAUCACAGUGAUUUCCUGCAGAGGAAAAUGGAUGCCCGGUCUCACUAGCAUGCUUGCAAAAAACUCCCCGUCUUCAUUAAAGUCAUUCUCUGCUCGAUUGGAAUCCAUCGAUAAAGACGAGUUAUCCAGCGUCCUAAUCCAUACUCCCCAACUGGUUACAUUAAAUAUCACAUUGCCUUCAUCCAGUUCUGACAUUCUCAAUCUUGCCUCUGGAUAUCAAAAUCACCCCCUUUGCCCUCACUUGGAGACAUGCUCUUUCUACGCAGAUGAUCUCAUUAAUCAAGAUCUUACAAAUGCGUUAAAUCUUUUGGCGUAUUCACGUUGCGAACUCGGGAACAAUGCAGAUGAUAUCAAUGUAUUGCUUCCAGGUGAAGUCCGCCCUCUACGAAACCUGACCAUUGAAUUCGGCCAUUCCAAUACACUGGUUCAUUUACAGCAUGGUCGUCUAGAAAAUUGGUCUAUCACACCAACCUCCACAUUGCUCGAACGACUGAACGCUCAUUUAUACGAGAAAUUCCCUGACCUGCCAUUCGGCUACUGCAGUCAACCAAAGAAGCUAAGCAUAGGCUGGGACGAUAAGUUGGGCCGAAUUUUAGCUGACAUCGAAUCUGUCGAAGUGGAUCGUGCCGAGGAUAUAUAUAUGUCCAGGGUCCAUUAUUCAUUGAAGAUAAUUUCCAACUGGGCCAAUUCUGGUCAUGGCAACUGCGCUCAGAGGAUUUUGGACAAGUGGCAACCUUCUAUCGAAAAAAGUUUGAAAGAUCGUCGAUGGGCUUUCAAGCAACGUUUUGCUCUGGUGUAUAUCUCCAAGGACAACGCUCUUCGAAAUUCUCUGGAAAGUGCGAUGACAAUUGCUUAUGGAUUGAAAGAAAGGAUCUCAUUGGCGUCUGUACUGUGGUCAACUUCCAUCGACUUUGAUUUUUGA